AUGACUGCAGGAUGUGGUGACUUUUCUCAACAGAGAGAGCCUGAUCGAAAAGCGAGUAUGAGGUUUGAGCAUAUUAUGAGCAUCGGCCUCUGGCUGGCCACUACGGCAGCAAGUGACUCUCUUGAAGAUGCGAGUGCGCUCGUAUCAACCAGUUCCAAUGAAGGGACGAAGCCCAACUUUCUCUUUAUCAUGACGGAUGAUCAAGAUCUCAAGCUCGAUUCGUUGAGCUAUACGCCGCUGACCAUGAAACACAUGGCCAAAAAAGGCACUACUUUUUCCAAUCAUUUCGUGACAACUGCCUUGUGUUGCCCAUCCCGUGUCAGCUUGCUGACUGGUCGUCUGGCGCAUAACACCAAUGUCACAGAUGUGAAUCCACCGUGGGGCGGUUAUCCAAAGUUCAUUGCUCAGAAUUUCAAUGAGAACUAUCUGCCGGUCUGGCUGCAAAACGCAGGAUAUGACACAUAUUAUACCGGCAAAUUGAUGAAUUCGCAUUCAUUGCGAUACUACAACAAGCCACACGCUGCUGGCUUCAAUGGCUCUGACUUUAUCUUGGAUCCCUAUACUUAUGACUAUAUGAAUGCGACCUAUCAACGGAAUCAUGACGAACCUGUCAGUUAUCUUGGUCGUCAUACCACGGAGAUCUUGCGUGAAAAGUCAAUGGGCUUUUUGAACGAUGCUUUGGAUGGAGAACGACCCUUUUUCCUUACCGUCACCCCUAUUGCUCCCCACUCGAAUAUGAAUGGGACAUAUGGAGGUGGUGCUGGGCCUCUUUGGAUGGAUGAACCUAUUCCAGAAGAACGCCAUAAACAUCUUUUCCCAGAUGCGAAGGUUCCCCGAACUGCUAACUUCAACCCCAAAGACCCAUCUGGUGUGAGCUGGAUCCACGAUCUUCCGUAUCGAAACCAGUCUGUAGUGGACUACAACGACCACUACUAUCGCCAACGGCUUCGAGCUCUUCAAGGUGUCGAUGAACUAGUUGAUAAUCUGAUUACCCGUCUCGAGCAAUCGGGAAAGAUCAACAACACCUUCAUCAUCUACACUUCGGAUAACGGAUUCCAUAUCUCCCAGCACAGGUUGCCUCCUGGAAAGACCUGCGGUUUCGAGGAAGAUAUUCGCGUUCCUUUCAUGAUCCGUGGACCUGGGAUUCCAGAGAACCAUGUCGACGAAACUAUUACUACACAUAUCGAUAUCGCCCCAACUCUGUUCGAUUUAGCUGGUUUACCCCUGAGGACCGACUUUGAUGGCACUCCUAUGCCAAUCUCCAAGCCUAAUGAACAGGCCCAUGAGCAUGUUACUGUUGAAUUUUGGGGGCGAGGAAUGCUCGAAGGAGGCUUGUCAAAUCUCGGGGUUCCCACUGUGCCCAACAAUACCUACAAGGCUGUUCGUGUGCUUGCGGACGACUACAACCUUUUCCUUUCCGUGUGGUGCAACAAUGAGCAUGAGCUCUACGACUUGACUACGGAUCCAUACCAAGUGAACAACCUGUGGAAGAAGGAUCUUCAAGAGAUUGAAGUACUGGGUUAUGCGAUGUCCGAGGUCGUCCCAAGACUUGAUGCACUUCUCAUGGUGUUGAAAUCAUGCAAAGGCUCCGAAUGUGUCAAGCCCUGGGAAACUCUACAUCCGGAUGGCUCAGUUACGAGUCUAAAGGAAGCAUUGGACCCGAAGUAUAACUCUUUCUAUCACUCACAACCCAAGGUUUCCUAUGAUCGUUGUGAAUAUGGUUACGAGAUUGAUGCAGAAGGACCGCAGGAAGUGUUCGCUUAUAAAGAUGGAUACAGCCUAGAAUCUUGGAUCUGA